AGCUCGGCAAGGUGCUGGGCGGACGGGCACGAUCGCUGGCUAUCUCAAGUACUGAUGGAGAGGCCGUCUUGAGUUUUCUAGCUUUUUCAGAUGCGUGCUACAAGCAUGUGACACUGGGGCGACAGACACGACAACCAGUAAUUGAUAUAGUAUUGGAAUGUUGUGCUGUAUUGCGUGAUGUGCUAACUUACACAGUGGCUGAGGGAACACGGGAUGAUGUGAAGCAGGCCGAACGGUCACUCGCAGAAUUUGAUGCUCUACAAACGGAGAUCCGCAACACACUUGUAGUGCAGGAUGAGACGACCUGCAAACGCAACAUCUUGCGGCAACAGUGCAUAGAUCUUAUCGAUAAUGCGCUUCAGAAUUGUCCGACGGAUUCAGGUGCUGAGAUUCGAUUGCGUGCAUCUGCGCCACUCGACCGCUUACGAUAACGUGCGCCAGAGGUCAGAGACAACCUACUCACUGAUCUGGACGAAUGGAG